AAAAAGCAAAAAGAAAAGGUAGAUACUCUUCCCGGGCCACCAGACAGUGAUUGAUAAGUAAAGCGAGAAUGUGACUAACUGACGACGUCGACGCCAUUUCUGUCCUAACUGUCCCUCCGCCAUGUCCUUUUCUAGAUCCAAUCUCUCCUACUCUCUUCUUCUUCAUUUUUAGCUACACUUUUCUUCACAUUUCACAUCCAUUCCAAAAUCACCGAAACUUCCACUCUUCUUUCUUUUCUUUGUAUCAUUCUUCACCAACUUUACACUUUCAUUUUUUCUUCUCCACUCCACUACAAACUUAUAUACUAUACUACCAUUUUCAUUUCAGAUUCAGAUUCAGAUUCAGAUUCAGAUGGAAGAUAUAUCCAAAUACAAGCACAGUCCUGCACACGUGGCUGUCUUAAACCGCGACCACGCCUCCCUCCGUCGUCUCAUCUCCACCAUCCCCACCCUUCCUAAACCCGGCGAAGUUACCACCGAAUCCGAAUCUCUCUCCGCCGAGAUUCAAGCCGAUCAAAUCUCCUCCGUCAUCGACCGCCGCGAUGUUCCCGGUCGAGAAACUCCUCUCCAUCUUACCGUCCGUUUAAGGGAUCCAAUUGCCGCUGAGAUUCUUAUGUCCGCCGGCGCUGAUUGGAGUCUUCAAAACGAACAAGGCUGGAGUUCUCUUCAAGAAGCGGUUUGUAAUCGUGAAGAAUCAAUCGCGCUUGUUAUCGCGCGAUAUUAUCAACCUCUUGCUUGGUCGAAAUGGUGCAGGAGAUUGCCACGUGUUAUAGGUUCUGCUUCACGGAUUCGUGAUUUUUAUAUGGAGAUUUCUUUCCAUUUUGAGAGUUCUGUUAUUCCUUUUAUAGGUAGAAUUGCUCCUUCUGAUACUUACCGUAUUUGGAAACGUGGUGCAAAUCUUCGCGCUGAUAUGACUUUAGCUGGUUUCGAUGGGUUUCGAAUUCAGCGUUCCGAUCAGAGUUUUUUGUUUCUCGGCGAGGGUUAUGCUUCGGAGGAUGGUAAUGUGAGUUUACCGCGUGGUUCUUUGAUUGCUCUUGCUCAUAAGGAGAAGGAAAUUACGAAUGCUUUGGAAGGAGCUGGUACACAGCCGACGGAAAGUGAAAUUGCGAAUGAAGUUUCGAUGAUGUUUCAGACGAAUAUGUAUCGGCCAGGGAUUGAUGUUACUCAGGCUGAGCUUGUUCCGAAUUUGAAUUGGAGGCGUCAGGAGAAGACGGAAGUUGUUGGGGAUUGGAAGGCGAAGGUUUAUGAUAUGCUCAAUGUUAUGGUGAGUGUGAAAUCGAGACGGGUUCCUGGUGCUUUGAAUGAUGAAGAGGUUUUUGCGAAUGGAGAGGAUUAUGAUGAUGUGUUGACUGCUGAGGAGAGAGUUCAAUUGGAUUCGGCAUUGAGGAUGGGGAACUCAGACGGUGUUUGUCAGGACGAGGAACCUGGAGCAGGAGGAGGAGGAUUUGAUGGUCGCGGAAAUUUGUAUGAAAAUUGUGAAGUUAACGGCGUGGUUAAAGAGAAGAAGGGUUGGUUUGGAUGGAACAAAAAUCCAAACCAGAGAUCGAGCGAUCAGCAAAAGCUACAGCCUGAGUUUCCGAAUGAUGAUCAUGGGGAAAUGAAAUCAAAGAAAGGAAAGGAUCAAAACUUGAAAAAGAAAAAGAAGAAAGGAGCGAGUAACGAGUCUAAGAGUGAGAGUGAGUUCAAAAAGGGUGUAAGACCUGUCUUGUGGUUGACACAAGACUUUCCUUUGAAAACAGAUGAGCUUCUGCCCUUACUUGACAUCUUAGCUAACAAGGUGAAGGCUAUUAGGAGACUCAGAGAACUUCUGACAACUAAACUUCCUCCAGGAACCUUUCCUGUGAAGGUAGCUAUUCCUAUAGUCCCUACUAUAAGGGUAAUUGUCACUUUUACAAAAUUUGAGGAGCUUCAGACACCGGAGGAGUUUUCAACUCCACUCUCUAGCCCUGUCAGUUUCCAGGAUGCCAAAUACAAGGAAUCAGAAGGGUCGACAUCGUGGGUUUCAUGGAUGAAAGGAAGUCGUGGUAUGCCAUCUAGUGACUCUGAUAGUCAUAUUCACAGUCACAGAUAUAAGGAUGAAGUAGACCCUUUCAUUAUUCCUUCAGACUACAAAUGGGUGGAUGCAAAUGAGAGGAAACGCCGUAUGAAGGCAAAAAGAGCCAAAAUUAAGAAAAAUAAGAAGCAGACUGUUGCUAAAGGAAGAGAUGGAGCGCAUCAGGGGAGUGAUGAUUUCGGAGAAUUAUACUAAUAGUGUUGUGAUAUAUCUUUAAUGACUACUUUGAGAAUGGUUGCCAAAGAGAAAAUGUAAAGAGUAUGUGUGCAGCUGACUAUACUUUUCACAUUGGAUGGUCUUGCCAAGAAUUUACCGGAAACUUUUCGCGUGAUCCUUAUUAUUCAACAAAAGGAUGCCUUUACGUUUUUUUCCCAUUUGCGAUAAUGGAUCAUGAAGAGAGCUUUCAUCAUCUGAAAAUUGUUGUAUUGUAAUGUGAAGUGAAAAUGAAGAGAGUAUAGCCUUUCAAUUAGUUGGCUACCUGGCUUCAUUCUAACUUUCUCCAAGAUACCAAUAUUUGUAUCUACAUCUACAUCAAUGGUUAUUGAUCUCGCAUUUCUGUGAGUGGUAUCUCGGUCAGUAUACAUUGUUUACCAUCAAGUUUAGGCUAUUUUUCAAAUUGACUUUGACACAGUAAAAUUUAUUGAUUUUUGUAACUCUUUUCAUUUUGAUAGUUUGAAUCUUCUUUGUUGAUUUUUAUGCUCACCAAGGUGGAUUAUUGAA